CCCACAUUACCUUCUUUUCAUUAUACACACAGAAAUGAUUGUUAUUCCCAGCAGUUUUAGUCAACUUGUUGAUUCAGUCAAGGACAUCAAUUUAUCAACCCGCCAACAACAGACGAUCGGUGUUAUCACUGCUGCAGCUGUCGUUACGAGCUAUUCGCUGUAUAAGCUUUGGAACCAGGGUCCGAACGACGGUUGCCCUGUUGUCCCGUACACCAAUCCAUUAAAUGGAUCGUCAGCUGAGUUUCGAAAGAACCCACGGGAAUUUAUUCAGACGUGGACAGAGAAGCUCGGCCCCGUCUACCGAGUCCACCUUUUUGGCAGAUUGUACACGGUUGUUUCGGGCAGAUAUGUCCGUGAGGUGUUUUUGAACAAUAAUUUUGAUUUCUUCACAGGCAUCAACAGAAGAUUCAACAUGCCGUUGAUGGCUGGUAUUCCUGAAGGUGAAAUCCCUCAAGAAGAAGGCCGCAAGGUUGUUGUCAAGUAUUUGACGCCCCAAUUGAAAUACUUUACUGCCCGCGCUGUCGAAAAUUUGAACAUUGGUCUUAAAGAGAUAAUGGGCGAUCUCAACGAACCAAAGGAACUGCCUCACAUGUAUCCCCUGGUACAACGCAUGGUGGCCCGUGCAAGUGCUUCCGUUUUUGUUGGAACCAAACUCGCAAAAGACGACGAACUCGUCAGUGUGUUUCAGAAUAUCACCACAGACAUUGGAUCAAUGAUUCGUACAGAGUCAUGGCUUGAACCGUUCGCUAGCUUGUUGCACUUCCGAAUGUGGGCUAUCGGUAGAUUCUCUUCUAAGGUCCGUGCUAUUCGUAGCAAGAUGACCAAAACUAUCGGCGCUGAAGUUGAACGUCGUUUGGAGGCCGCUGAACAGAAUCCAAAUGGCUGGGAUAGACCCGUGGAUGUUCUUCAAGACCUUAUUGAGAACGUCAACAUCCCUCGUGGAUCAGACCUCAUUACAACGAUUGUCAACUACACGAUCGCUUUGAUUUUUGCUUCCAUCCAUACCACAUCCGAAAACGGUACCAUCGUUUUGUAUCGUAUUCUGCAAAAUCCUGAGCUAAUGGAUGAACUUUUGGAGGAGCAGAAGGAAGUUUUGCAACGUAAUGGUAUCGAUCCCGAAGGUGCGGCCAAGGAUGUAUUUACAUUCGAAAUUGUCAAAGAUCUUCCCAAGCUGGAUAGUAUUGUUCGUGAGUCCAUGCGUCUUCGCAACGAAUUCUACGAGCUGCCUCAUUCCAAUGUUGGCAAUAAAAAGGUUGUCUUGAGCAACGGCACAGUCAUUAGGCCAGGUGAAGAUGUCUUGAUUAAUACGUGGUACAACCAGCAAUACGAUGGUUGGGAUGAAUACAAGGUUGAGAACGAUGACCGUUCAGAAUUCAAACCUUACCGCUACAUUAACACCGGUCGCCCAUCGACUAAGGUUGGUGAUGACUACCUUGUCUUUGGCGAAGGAAAGCAUGCCUGCCCUGGCCGUUGGUUUGCAAUCCAAGAAAUCAAAACCAUUAUCUCGCUCCUACUACGCGAUUACAAGGUUCGCCCAUCCAGUGAUGUUAUCUUCCCAACCACUACUGCCACAGCCAUGCCUUUCGGUACUGCUACCAUUGAAAAGCGACAGCGUGCCUAGAUUCCUACACAUCCUCUUACUACUUGUAGAACCAUAUCCACUCUUUUGCAAUUGUAUUCUUUCUAUGUAUACUAUUUUAGUUCGUCAAUCCCUUCCAUAUAUAAAAGACAAAGUACAGCAGCUGCUGCAUUUGAUGAAGAAAUUACUCUAUAUGUAUUUUUACAACAUUGUAUGAUAUUGAACAAAUCUAUGUACUGCACAAAAAGACUUCAAGAGAACCCAAUAAUUACAGCAGUUUUGUGAAUACAUUUAAAGGAUCGACUGGGAAAUACAGCGGAUCCCUGUUAAUCUCAUAUUCGUUAACUUUCACCCUGGUAAAAA